AUGGUUCCGUCGGCAUCAUCAACCCACCAGAGCUCAAUGGAAGCCCUCACCAUAGCCACGGCUGCGCUGGCAGUCGCAGCACCGACGGAGGCCACCGAUCAACCAGCUCAGUCGCCGACCUUCCUUAGUCUCCCGGCUGAGAUACGUCUGUUGAUCUACGAAUAUGUGGACGCCACGCAAAGAACCUAUCAGAGAGCCAAGCACUGGCAAAUCGACAAGCGAGCAUCGGUCAGCUGCUCCAGUACUGGUCUCGCUGCCGUGCAUCAAUUAUGUCGACUGGCUCAUGCGGAAGCACUGCCCCUAAUUUACCAUAACGACAAUACUUUCAAAGUGAGGGUUGCGCCCGUGGACGAAAACAACACACUUCUUCCCGUCUACUCUUCUCUGACAUUCCUGCGCCACGUCCGCCGCCUCCAAGUUGAGCUGCAUCUCAGUAUGACAGGGCGUCGCACAAGUGCCGCUCUCGAAAUUCGCCGUCCGGGAGAAGUGCUCAGCCUCCUGCGAGAGAACAGGGUUCUUCGCACGUUCUUCUUCCACCCUGUGCGAAAGAACGUCGAUGGAGAUGGAUUCACUAAAUUCAGAGACACGCUCUAUGAGCUUCGUCGGAGGAGCGUAAGAGAAGGAACUGAAGCUGGAAAGAACCUGAGGCAGCGAGAGCUUGAUUCGCUGAGCAUGUUGUCGCCUAUCUCAACGAUGUGCUCUAUACGCAAAAUGGAGGAGACGAAAUGA